AUGUCGAACUCGCAAACUGAUGUAGCGCAGCAUCAUCGCGUCACGCCGCCGCCUAGUUGUACGCACCAGCUUUUGACGCCUCCGUCGACCAACAGGAAAUCGACUGCAGGACCGCUUCGCGUCAUAGCGCUUUUCAGACAGAUCCAAGCAGGAACACACACAAAUUGCGGUCCGUGGAUAGAGUUUCAACUUGCACAAAGCGAUUUUGAUCGGAUUCAGGAUACACUCCGUCAAGACAAGGUGCUCUGGGGUUUCGUGGACGACAAAAUACGGCAUGACUACGACGAAGACAAGCGCAGACUAGUCGUUCGCAUGCCUACUGCGAUACAUGAGCUAUUCAUCGACAAGCUGGAGGAUGACAUUCGCUCCCAGUUGAAAGGAAUCCGUGGUGGAUCUGACAGAAACGCUCGAUUCGCGCAGAAGGUGCAACCAGCCCGGUUGACUGAAUUACGUUUCUCUGCUAGCGCCUCCUCUAGCAAAUCAAAGUACGAGCCGGACGCGUCGUUCAUACAUGACGAUGCAGAAUAUCCGGGCGUCAUUAUCGAGGUCGCAUACUCACAAAAGAAGAAGCGUCUAGGCCGGUUGGCCGAGAAUUAUCUUUUGGACUCGGAUGCUAGCGUACGGGUCGUCGUUGGUCUGGAUAUCGACUAUGGCAAGGAGUCACGCAAGGCGGCUUUGUCAGUUUGGCGACCCAGACUGUUUGAAACUGCUGACGGGCUCGAAUUGCGAGCUGUCGAAGAGGUCGCGCAUGAGGUUUUCCGUGACGAUGAAGGAAACCCCACCGAAUCCCUUGGCCUACGGCUCUGCCUCAGCGAUUUCACCUGUGAAGAACUUGUGCAAGAGGAAUUGGGAAGCGACAAUACAGAGAUACAGAUCACCGGAAAACAGCUUUGCCAAUACCUUGAUGUCGCAGAGAGCAAAGCCCGACGAGCACUGCGCAAGCAUUCAUUUGCUAAAGUGGUCGUCAAAAGGAAACGGUCGGAAAAACCUCCUGAAGAGAUGAAAUCAGGCGAUGAGGCAAAGUACGCGGAGCAAGAGGAGAGAGCAGCGAAACGCGUUGCGGAUGAUGACGUUGAUUAUGAGGAAUCACCAUCGUUCAACAGUCUUUCAGAGUAAUCAGAUGAGAGAGUCAGAGGAAGGCAAUGGACUCUGAGCUGGGUUAGUUGUUCAAAUUGUCCGUCCGGUGGAUCCUCAUACCAGCGUAUCUCUGGAUAUUGAGAGCGUUGAGCAGUCCAAACUUGUACAACUCCGUACCAGAGGCCUUUGAUGUUAAGUAGCUGUUAUGAACACGCUGAUGUUGAGUAGCUAUUAUAAACACGCAGAGACAGAGUAUUCUCUACAUAAACUCUAUAACAGGUCGUCUUUGAGGAGAGCGCGAAGGUGCUUUUGAGAGGGGGGCUUUCUACGGGAUAGUUUGAAAUUGCAGAGGGUCAAUUUGUUGGCAUUGCAAGGCGUUUAGACCAUAUAGAGCUGUCCUUUCUUAGAUGGUUACUAGUACAGGUACAAGACAUGAUAGAAACGAG